UACACACAUAGUAAUACUUACAGUCCCACAGGUGGCGCUGUGACUCGUACAGAACUAUGCGUCUCAUUCUACUGUAUUUGUGCUGUUUCUUUUCAAGGCUGACUGCUGGUAAUUAUCUGGUGGCUAAGUGAUAUUUCAAGGCAUAUUGGAGUUGUGAUCAACACCAAUCAUCAUGAGUAAUACUACCCAGAGGAAAAGACGAACAACAUCAUCCACUGCAUGUUCCCACCGUGUCAGCAGAAAGAGAAACCGGACCCAGGUGUCUCAGAUAGCAAUGGAGACUAUUGAUGUGCUGGAAAGUGACAGAACUAACAGUGAAGAUGUGGUAGAUUUAACGUGUGAAGGGUCUGAACCUGCGGUUGUUGACCUCACCAAUAAUGAUUCUAUUGUGGUUGUGGAAGAUGGUGUGCAAAGCAGACGUGGACAGGGCACAGAGAGUUACGUACUGAGCAGUGAUGAAGAGGAGGAGUCCAGUCUCAGACUUAGUCCAGGUUUACUGUCCUCUCUACAUGCCAGCUCACAGGCCAGGUCUACACCAGGAGCCGUUAGCUGUCCUGUUUGCAUGGAUGCUUAUUCAGAGAUCAUUGACAGUGGUCGGCUCAUGGUCUCCACAAAGUGCGGCCACCUUUUCUGCAGUCAGUGCAUCCGCGACUCUCUCAGCCGAGCUCACAGCUGCCCUACAUGUAGAAAGAAACUCACACAAAAACAAUAUCACCCAAUAUAUAUCUAAUGGUAAGACGAGCAACUUGCUGAGAUCAGCUGAAUGCAUCUCAAAUGUUCUGCAGUUUGUUCUCAUCAAACAACUGCACAGCUCCAUGUUUCCACUGGCUGUUUCGUAUUUUACACAUCAGUGCCAAGAUGAUAUUUGGCACAAAAAACAAAUAAAAAAACAUGAUUCUGUUGAAACUGAAAGGGCACUUAGUCUAGGAUUAAGUAUUUUUAAAUUGUGAAUACAAACACUGUUUUGAAGUUCUGGAGAAUUGGAAUAUAUACUGACAUUGAGUAGUCUGGGUUUGAGGUCUUGGCUGCUAUAAUAAUAAUAUAAUUUAAUUUUUUUUUGUCAUUUAAGUUUGUAGUAUUGAGUAAAAUGGUUAAAGUUAGGGUCCAGGUUGAACUAAACAUGAGUGACCAACCAUCACAGUAUCAUUUAGUGAAAUUAGUUUAGUCUUGAGAUCAAAAUGGCUCACUGCUGUGGUGGUCUCUAUUCUUUUUUUUUAGUAAAAUUUGUCAGUGAAAUUUGUGAGCUUUUAGUCAAUGGUGUGCACCGAUGGACAACACUGAGGUCGCACUCCCCCUGUACCUGCUCUCAUUUAUUCGUAUAGCCUUAGUGCCAGACUUGCUAGCUUUAACUGUCACUCACAGUUAACUUGUCUUUCAUUAUCUCUUUAUUUGAUGGGAAUUAAUAUUUAGAUUCAUUAUCUGUCAUCAAGUGUAUUGUUGCAUUCUUAUUCAUUUUUGAAGGAACAAUGGAUGCUGGUCAAGACUGCGUAAAUGUGUCGUUCUGGCAGUGGGUGACUAAAGCUAGCAAGGCUUGUUUGCCAACUUUACAUGUUAAAUGUUGAUAUUUGUAUAUAUUUUCAUGUAUAAAGGACCUGUAAGAGGCGUUAGUAUUGUAAAGACCAUAACAUUUAUUUCAUUAAACGUUUUGAUCACUGA